UUACGGUUCAUGCCAACAACUCCUCUUUCCUGACGGUUAUGCAUCUCUCCCCUAACCUUCUAAACCCUAACAUUAUAUCUCUAAUCUCUCUGUAUAUAAUAUCUAUAUCUAUCUAUAUAUACACACAUAUAAACAUUAUCAGAGAGUGAAACAAAUUAAAGCUAGAAAGAUGGAGGACGGCGGCGGAGGAGGAGGAGGAGGGAGAGUGAAAGGUUCAUGGACGCCGGAAGAAGAUGCGACUCUGGUGAAGCUAGUGGAGCAGCACGGGCCGCGGAACUGGUCGCUAAUUAGCACCGGUAUACCAGGGAGGUCGGGGAAGUCGUGCCGGUUGCGGUGGUGCAACCAGCUAAGUCCUGCGGUGCAGCACCGCCCGUUCUCGCCGGAGGAGGAUGCCGUUAUUCUCCGCGCGCAUGCCGUGCACGGCAACAGAUGGGCGGCGAUCGCGCGCCUUUUGCCAGGGAGGACGGACAAUGCGAUAAAAAACCACUGGAACUCCACUCUCCGGCGGCGGAAGCGGAGUGCGGAGGACGCCGCCGCGGCGGCGCCGGCGGUGGAUAAACGGGCUUGCUUGGAUGAAUCCUCGGCCGAGUCGAAAUCGGAGGAGCAGAGUAAAAUCGGCGGUGCGGAGGAUGUGUUGCGACUUGACGGACCGGAGACUUUGCUGUCAUUGUUCCCGCCGGGCGGAAAAGCGGUGGCGGAUCCACCCGUCGGAGAAAACUCAGCGGCGGAGGAGGGGGAAGAGCCACCGCCAAGUAGCGUAUCUGAAGACGGAAAGGAAGGAAGAUCAAAGGUGGAGAUUGAGAUUAAAGACAAGUGUUUAUUGAUUAUGCAUCGUAUGAUCGCGCACGAGGUUCGUAGUUACAUUGACAAAUUACGGGCCGGUGGUGGGCUUGGGCCUGAUUUCGAGUCCAAUGUUCAACAACGACCCAAAACCUAAAUACUUCUAAGCCCAUUUGUGCUUUCCUAUAAUGUAUACUUUCUGUUGGGCAAAGUCCUUUUGCGCAGUAUUCCAAGGUGUUGUGUGAAUUACGAAACUCUUGCUCCAUUGUUUAGUCUUUC